AUGCCAGCCCUUAGAAACGUUGUCGUCGUCGGAGGUUCCUACGUUGGAGUUGCCACUGCAAAAGAGUUGGCUUCUGUAGUCCCAGCGACUCACCGAUGGGAGGGCUCAAGGAAGCUUACAUUCGACUACCUUGUCGCGGCGUCCGGGACACGGCUCGCAGUUCCGGGUACCUUGCCGGACGAUGACAAAAAAUCGAACGUCAAGUACCUGCAAGGAUGGCAGCAGGAUAUAAAAGAAGCAAACUCGGUGGCCAUCGUCGGCGGUGGUGCUGUCGGCGUACAGAUGGCCACGGACCUCAAGGAGAUAUACCCUGAGAAGGAGGUUAUACUUAUUCACUCUCGGACCAAACUGAUGCCUCUCUACCAUGAGGCCCUGAGUGAUUUGAUCAAAGACCGCUUCAAAGAGCUUGGCGUCAAACUCGUUGCCGGAUCACGGGUCAUCGUCCCGGAAGGUGGCUUUCCCCGGGACGGCAAGCCGACGGAAGUGAAGCUUCUCGACGGCACCAGCGUUUCUGCCGAUCUGGUGAUCCAGGCUACGGGCCAGACUGCGAACACGCAGUUCCUCUCGACCCUCGAGCCGACGUCAGAUUCGUCUCUCAUCAACCCGGUCAACGGCUUUAUCCGUGUGCGCCCAACUCUCCAGUUCCAGGACCCCAAAUUUCCUAACCUCUUUGCUGUCGGCGACAUUGCCGACUCGGGCGCUCACAAAGCUGCGCGGCCCGGCGUUGGGCAGGCAAUCGUUGUGGCCAAGAACAUCACUUCCUUGAUUGGGGGCAAGGAGCCGCAGGAGCAUGUCGUUAUAUUGCCGGCUGCCAUCCACCUGACUCUCGGCCUUACCAAGAAUGUCAUAUUCAGGAACCCGGAUCCCGAGGCUGGGAAUACUGAGCCUUCCUACACGCUCAAGGACGACGGGAGUCGCGACAUGGGAGUCAACGGUGUAUGGGCGAGGCGUGGAGUGAGCGUCAGCAACGAGGCUGACUACCAUCUCUAA